GUUCCACCGACAACAAUACUUUCUCCCCACCAUGACGCAGACUUCGCAGUGUGUUUUUUCAGGAACAGGUCCUUGUUUUUGUCCAUCUCAGCAGCAAUGGAUCUUGUCAUGCGAGCAGGUAUUGGAUUGGGAUGGGUACCGAGCUGCAGAGCUUCAACGCAUAAAAUACUUGACCUCCCGUCUUCUUCCUCUCACUUUCUUUCCUACCUCACGCCAGUCAGAUUUCUACUCUCGCUUCCAUCAACAGUCCCAGGGCUCGCUCGCUAAGGCUCGACUAUCAUUCGUUUCCCUCAACAGCACACGGAUCUAAUCCUCUGUACACAUAUCAACCCUAAUAUCAUUCAAAAUGGUCAAAUCCGCUGUUGUCCUGGCCUUGGCCAGCACUGCUGCCGCCGCCGCCGUCAAGCGAGAUGCUAGCACCACCACCGGUGGUACGUGGCUCGACUGGACCUCGACUACCACCACAGUCGCUCCUACCACCACUACCACCACCGUGGCUCCUACUACCACCACUACCACCGUCCCAACCACCACCACCACCGUUGCUCCCAUCUCGACCACCACCACCCCUGCGUGGAACGAUUGGACUUCGACUACCACCACAGUCGCUCCUACCACUACCACCACCGUGGCUCCUACCACCACCACCACUCCUGCGUGGAACGACUGGACCUCGACCACCACCACGGUCAAGACCACCACUACCACCACUCCCGCAUGGAAUGACUGGACCACUACCACCACUGUGCCGGUCAAGCCAACCACUACCACCCCUGCGUGGAAUGACUGGACCACCACCACCACUGUGCCAGUGAAGCCAACCACCACCACCCCUGCGUGGAACGACUGGACCACCACCACCACUGUGCCAGUGAAGCCUACCACCACCGUUCCCGCGUGGAACGACUGGACCACCACCACCACCAAGGCUCCCGUCAAGCCAACUACCACCGUUCCCGCAUGGAACGACUGGACCACCACCACCACCAAGGCUCCCGUCAAGCCAACUACCACCGUCCCCGUCUGGGGUGACUGGACCACCACCACUCCCGUGGCUCCUGCCCCAGUCAAGCCUACCUCCGCCUGGGGUGACUGGUCGAGCGCUCCCGCUCCCGCCCCUGUCAAGCCUACCACUGUCGCCCCUGCUCCAGUCAAGCCUACCUCCGCCUGGGGUGACUGGUCGAGCGCUCCCGCUCCCGCCCCUGUCAAGCCUACCUCUGUCGCCCCUGCCCCGGCUCCUCCUGCUCCUGUCGUCAGCUCCGUCUGGAACGACUGGACCAGCACUGCUCCUGCUCCUGCUCCAGUGGCUCCUACCUCCGCCGCCCCUGCUCCCGUUGCUCCUACCACUGCUCCUGCUCUGGUCAGCAGCUGGGCCCCAUCCGCCACCACCCCUGCUCCUGCCACCUACACCGGUGCUGCCAGCAGCAACAACAAGCCCGCCGUCGCUCUCCUCGGUGGUCUCGUUGCCCUCGUUGCCCUCGCAUAAAUGCGUUGACUAUCUUGGGUUUGGGUCUUUCUUUUUUUCGAUUCUUCAACAACAACACCACUUGUUGUCGCAGUUCCUCGUCUCUGGGGCUUCUGGCGCACACAGGGUUGGAUGAUUUGAUCAUUUUAUGUCAAUGACGAACAUCAUGAAUUUCAUAUAAACAACAUUAGUCUCGGCCCUCGAUACAGCGAGAGGCGCGAGCGGACGAUCCUUACGACUAUACAUAUUAUUAUACCAGGUUCAUCACGAGGUUGAGUGGGCCUCGGUGGGAACGACAAAAGGCAAAAAAGGAAGCAGCAUUAAUGUGUGGUGCAUAUGGUGUGGUGUUGCUAUCUUGAAACAUUUCAAGCUCUCGUGUGUACUUCUCAAAUCGGUUGUGGUGGAAGUUCUCUUGAGAGGAGGUGAUGGAGAAAGAGUAGCAUAUCAACCUGUUAAUGUGUGGCAUGUAGAAAGAGAAGUUUUCUGACAAUCAAAAAAUCAUUAAAAUUGA